AUGAUCACCGCUAUUCCUCGUACUGCUUCUUUUGUUCUCGUUCCUAUCACUUCCUUUGCUGGUUAUGUUACCUAUAUCCGUGCUACUACAAAGCCUACUGAAGCUCAUAUUGAAUACAUGAAGAAUCAUAGAAUGAUUGAUGAAGUGCUUCAAAAGAAAUGGAUAAAAGUUAAUAAUGGUCUGGGCCUUGUUGACGUUGGUCGUUCUGGUGGUGAGCAUACAUAUGCUUGUGUAUUGCUUACAGCUGACGCACAAGCUAAAAAUUAA